AUGUCUUCACCUGAAGAAAUCAAGGCUGCUUUAGCACGCGAACUCAACCAACUUCGUAAACUCUAUGGCUUCCAGACGUCUAUAUAUUUCACUUCUCCGUCCCGCAAAGAAGUAAUUCUGCGUUUAUCUCGCGAAGAAGAAAAUGAUCCCGGACUUACUGCAAACAUAAGCUUGACAGGUGGUUGCUUUGCGAUUCGGAGCUGCCCAGUAUUCAAGAGCCGGGUCGGUCUGCUUGGGAGACGGGAGUCGAAGAUUCAGCUUUCUUCUCAAGUCAUAAACUGGUUCAAAAAUAAUCGCGCCAAGUUCCCGAUGACUUAUAAAGAGGAACAACAAUAUAUCGAUCUGAAGGCUAGAAUGCGAUUGGUCCAUACACAGGAGCAUCAAUUCGCAUACGAGUUGGAAGCUUUUAUCAACAAUGAGGUCGAAAGUCGCCAACAUCUUGCGUCUCAGAAGAAAGCUGGAUCCGUCGUAUCCGGUAUGAAACCUGACUCCCCAAGUAUCACCAAAGAUAUGGCCCAGCUCAAACUCAAUACCAGCAGUCACAAUAAACGUGGAGCUAAGAGGGCCAGGGACCAAGACACGGAGAUGGGUGGUGAUGAUGAUAAUAUCGAGGUGCCGCGAAAGCUAAGCAAGCAGGCCAAAAGGAGAGCUACAAAGAGGGAGAGAGCACUGGCGGCUCUGGCCGAUGCUCAAGUUCAGUUAGCACUCUAG